AUGGCUGGGCAGUUUCAGCAGCAGCAGAUGAAAACUUCCUUCCUCUUCAUCCAGCUGCGGGCUCCUCCAGCCUGUGCUCUCCCCGCCCUGUCUCCAGCGGCAACCCCAGGGGGCCUGGAGGAGGGACACAGUUUCCCAAGUCCCAGGACAGGCUUCUUGGCAGGCCGGGACCUCAGGCGCACACAGGGCUCAGCUGCCCCUCCUUUGAGGCUGCUGCAGAAGGCAGGCCCUGAGACGGAGGAACCAGCUGCUUUCACUUGCUCUGCUCCAAGGGAAAAGAAGGAAGGGAGGAAAAAAUCCCAGGAUCCGGAUGUAAGCAGGGGUGGCGAUUACAGAUCCCCACAUCACAGGCAUUGCCAGGCCCCUGCCUCCAAGACACUGGGCUGGCUACAGCACCGGGCAUGGAGGCUUCCUAGCCCAGCUCCCGUCAUGACUGAUGAAAGCAGCAGUCCCUCCAUGGGCUGGAAGCACUGGCCAGUCACUUCUGCCACCCAGGACCUGUGGGGCAUGGACCCCCGAUGCAGGGAUAACUUGGGAUGCUUCCCUCCAAGGGCUGUCCUGGUCCACACUGCAGAUGGAGAGGAAAAGAAUGUGCUGAGGAGAGGUGCCGAGACCUGCCAAAUACUCCCCGGGAGCUAUAAGGAGGCCACAGGUCCCACAGUGCAGGCGACAAGGGCACGGCUCUACAGGUACUGUCCAGCUGUGCACACCAGCAAGGGCUGCCCAGCCCCACCUGCCACUCUGCCUCUCAAGGUAAGAACUCGCAUGGCCUGA